GUAACCGUCGCAGUAUUCGGACAUCGACACUUCACUGCGCGGAGUGAUCGAUGUCCGCCGCGACUUCGAGCGAUCGACACCUGUCCAACAAGUCCCUCAUCGCUCCACAACUGCUCUCCUGCACGGUCGUGGUUGGGACGACGGAGCUCCCGUGUCAGUUCGAGUACCGUGACUACGUCCAGACACUAGUGAAGCUGGCGCAGGUACAUUUCGUAAACGAACACAACGGAGACGCAAGUCAGCUUGUGGGUCUACGGAAUCGGCGCACGAACCGCGAUCUGUACUACUUCAGCGCGGCGGGGGAAGAGAUUCGAAAUGGCGACGUCUUGGAAGGUCGACCGUACACUGCAGCGCCGCCAACCGUCAGCGAAUCCGCCAUGUCCAUCGCAUCCACAGCGAACCGCAGGUUCAAGAAACAGAUGGGGCGUCCUGGCAUCUUCUCGCUCGUCGUUCACUCAGCCCAAGGCUUGACCGAAUGGACAGACAAAGGCCUCAUUGCCACCGUCCAGCUCCAGCCGUACUCCACUCGAGAGGACACGUCAGAGAGCCUGGCGCAUCACUGGAAUGCCUCCAUGACAUUCAAGCACCCCGAUCCGACCGCCGAACACCUCUUCCUCGACGUCACGCUGCGCCACAUCACUCAUACGCUACUGUCGUCAGAAUCCUCCACAUCAGCGCCAUCACAUCGCGCCGACGUCGUUGUUGGACACGUUCGAGUGCCAGUCAGCCGGUGCAUCCUUACUCCGGGUAUUUCGGUGACAGAUGCGAUUCCGAUCGAAUCCACGAUUGUCCCAACGUUGCCUUUGCUGUCGUCGACCGCGGCACCACCAGCGCGAACGCUUGUCCUCACGUAUGCCUUCCACCCGAGCGUGUACAACGGUUCCGUCACGGGGCUGCCGACGCUUCCAUUGCCCUUCGCGGCCAAGAUUUACAACUCAGCGCUCAAACCUCGCCGGGGGUCAAAACCCGAUUCAGGUGCCGUGCGAGAUGCCACCGCCACGACGGCCGAUUCCACUGCCACCAUCGUGACGUCCCAUCCGUCGAGAGGGUUCCUGUCUGUGUUUGUGAAAGGCGUUCACGUGUGUGGUCCGCAGUGCUCGAAGCUGGACGGCCAUAGCUCGCUGUACGUGCCGGAUUUUGACCCGAUCGUGUCGAUCGGGUUCGAACAAACCACCAAGGAGGUGUACGCCCGCGCGACCGAGUGCCACACCGUCGUGUUCAAGAAGAAGUUUGACGUGCACAGUGUCAACUCGGAGUUCACUGUGGACUUGCUCAAGCCGAUGGCGAUUGCCGCGUCGCCGAACGCGACUCGUCUCAAGAACGGCAAGCAAGCGAUUCGGUACGGCAGCGCGAGCGUCAGCAUGGCCGAGCUCCUUCAGCGAGAAGGCGCAGCAUGGACGAUGGCCCCGACGCCGGCGACGCUCGGGCCCGGAAAGAAACCCCCCGAGCCCGGGUUUGACUGGUACAUCCUGCGCCAGUCGGACGAAGAAGUUGGGCUCGUCCAAGUCCAAGCAAUCUACCGGGAAAACUACGCCACUUUCCUGGACUCGACGCUCCAUCCCGACGCGACCUAUGUGCGGCCCGACGAAGUCGAGUUCAACGCAGACUUGAUCAAACGCAAUAUCGAGCGUCUCGAUGCGCUCAUCCGGUCGAUUCAAAGUGCCAAGAUCGUCAUGCACGAGCUGCUCGAGUGGAAAUCGCCGGUCCUGACGGCCGUCACGUGGGGUAGCAUGACCCUGGGCGUGUGGUACUUUCCAACCGCGCACGCCCCCGCCGUCGUCCUCGUCAUUCUCGUGGUUGUGCUCGCCGUCAACUUUCAGCACCACAUGCGCGGCGGUGUCGCACGGCAAUGGACAUACCACGACCCCGACGAAGUCAAGAUGAAGAUGUUCCGGUCCAUUGCGACGCUCCGCGUCGUCCCGCUCCAGGCCGACAACCUCGUCCAGGUCACCAAGGACGAGACCAAACCCCGGCCGCUCGAUUCGUACGUGCGAAUCGUGUACGAGCCCAACUUUAACGAGCUGCCGGAGCGCCUCAUUGCGCAAACCAACACUGUCGCCAACAGCACCAACCCUAUCUACGGCCAGACAAAACCGGUCCAGGAAACCAACGGGACCCUGUCGACCGGUGCGAGCUCGUCCAACCUGAACCCCGCUACCAAGCCCGCCGCCCCAGAUAUUCGAACCCUCAACAACAAGUGGUUCAAGGAUCUGUUUGUUCACUUGAGUCCGCUGGCGAAAGACGCGGUGCUUCAUGACGUUGUCGAGGCGUGGAAGCGGCCAGACAAUUCCGCUGUGGAUCUCCACGCUUUCAAGUACCCCCUGCUCCAGCCCGUGCAGACGAACGCUGUCACGGAACUGGAGGAAAUCCUCGAGUGGGAUGCGACGCCAGGGGUCAUUCGCUUCGACGUGAUUCAGGACAACCCGGUGACCGCGUCACAAAAUGUACUUGGCCAGGUUCGGUUGCCACUCAAGAUGCUCGUGACAGCCGGGCGGCUGGGGGGUGCCCAAAUUGAGCUCCACAAGGCAUUUGCGCUGCAAAACACGCCCCCGCCCCCACAGACUGACGUCGAUCCGUCGCUGCGUCCAGAGCCGUCGUUAACGGUCCGAGCGCAGCUCCUCCUGCGGGACCCGUCCAAGCGCGUCACGUGGAAGGAGCGCCUUGCGUCCGAGGCCAUGUACUCGGUCCUCGAGAUGGAAAACGCCAAGUCCUUGUCUCUCGUGGAAAAGUAUCACAUGGCCCGCAACGUGGCGCGCACCAUCCAGCACGAACUCGGCAAGCUCGCCGACUUGCUUGAGCGCAUCAAAAACUUGUUUUUGUGGACACAUCCCCAAAAAACCGCCCUCGCGUGCGCCGCGCUUUGCGUCGGCGCCACCGUCACGGCGAUCAUUCCCGCCAAGUACUUUGUUCUGUACUCGAUCACCAAAAAGUUUACCAACCGCUUCCACCGCCGAUGUGACUUUCGCCUCCUCGACCAAGACGUGAUUCGACUGCUCAACUUUGUGUCGACGUUCCCAACUGACCUUGACGAGCAAAAGAUGUUUCGCCAUGCAAACCAAGCCUACUUGCGCGAAAAGGAACACACAGCGGCCCAGGCCAAGCUGCAGGCCGACUGGGCUGGCUACAUCUACAAGCGCGGCGAAGGCGUGUUUGUUGGCUGGGCGGUACGGGCAACUUUGGUCGUUGUGGCCCGCUGUUCGCGACAACAAUUGUAGCAUCGGUAUGCCGCCGUGCGCAACGGCAAGCUCGAGUACUGGAAUACUAUCGACGAUGCCAAGCACGGUGUGCCUCCCAAAGGCUACAUCGUUCUCUCCCCAACGAUCGAUAAAUGCACCAAGGCCGAGGUUGCAAACGCCCCCAAGGACACGUUUCCAUUUGUCGUGUUCAACGUGGACCAUCGGCACUUGCUCGCGUCGUUGGACGGCCGGCGGCGCAUCAUUGCGGUCACGACGGAGCAAGACUACCAAGGCAUUGUUCGGGCAAUUCAAGACUCGAGUUAGCCAUGCGUGGUAAUAUUGAAUGGAUGGAGUUCGAUGCUGCGACUCAACCCGGCCCAAUCGAGCAUUCGCGGAACUGCGCCGGCUUUGCCCGCCUCGCCGACUCUUCCCGGUGCUGAGUGAACCGCUUCAACAAGACUUCCUUGCGCUCGACGUUCUUCACUUGCAUGUCGACGUGUUUUCUGCGUGCACGGCAUGAUACAACGCACGAGCGACAAGACACGGCGGUCGACGUACCGGAACUCGGCGUA